CACUCCCUCCCUCAUUUUGCUCGCCUACCUCCGACCCCCUCUCUAUCCAGCUCCUCCUUUACUCCCCAGCCUCUUGUCAUCCUUCUCAUUUUCUCAUUAAAUGCGCCGAGAUACACACCUCAAAAAACACUGCCACCACAUCUAGUAGAAAUCGUUUUCUUGUCAGUUCAGCUCAUUCCCCCCCGCAGUUCUGCUCCCCAAAAGCCUCUCCCCUCAGGUGCCCUGAGCCUUCGCCGGCCCCGGAGCUCCUCCGCCGAUCGCCGCCGUCGCCCGCCGUCCGGCUCCACCGAGCGCGGCAGAGAGAAGGGAGGCGGAAUGAGCGACCUUCGCCAGUUCCCUGGCCUCGAGCCUCCUCUCUCGGCUCCGGCUGUAGCGUCUACUCUGGCUUAUGCUCUGCCUCAGGCGCCGUUGGCUUCUCCACAUGUACCAGCCAGAAUGGAUGAUCUCAGUGACUUUUCUCAACCAGAACCUCCUACAGCUGUCCCUGCUCAGGCUCUAGCUCCACCUUCAACUCAAGCUUCAGACCGAGCUCAGGUUUCCUGCCCUCCUUCGUGUGUUCCAGAGCAUGUGAGGUACAAAAAUCGGUUGCAGGAGUAUACGCAGAAGAUAAUGGUGCAUUUUCCUAUUUAUAAUACAAUAAAUGAAGGAUCUCAACAUGCACCGAGAUAUAGGUCAAUGGUAUUCGUGGAUGGGAAAAGCUUUACAUCUCCCAACACAUUUCCCCAAAAAAAGGAAGCUGAGCAAAAUGUUGCUCAAAUUGCAUUGGAACUUUUGUCACAAAAGAUGGAGGAUGAAGCCUGUCCUCUCAUCCAUGAGGAUACAAUUUUUUGCAAGUCUAUUCUGAAUGAAUAUGCAGCAAAGAUGAAUUUGGAAAUGCCAAAUUACACAACCAUUCAGCCACAAGGGGCAGUUUCAGUUUUUGUAUCUUCUUUGGUAUUCAAUGGUGUGACUUACACUGGCGAUGUUGGUAUAAGCAAAAAGGAGGCUGAACAAUUGGCAGCCCGUGCUGCCAUUCAAUUCCUAUAUGAUGAUAGCAAGUCAAAAAUAGUUCUUUUGAAGACGAUCAAGUCUAAGCGGAAACUUUAUGCUGCAUACCAUGAGACUAAGUAUUCAUGUCCUGUUGGAGCGAACAUGGGAGGCAAUUCUGAAAUCUCAGAUACCAAGCAUAGAGAAGGUUUAUCUUCUGGGCCACCUAAUUAUAUUCUUGGUUCAGCUAUUCCCGAGGCAUGCUCAGAGUUACCUAAACCGCAUCAUUUGUUCCAAAUACCAAGAGCAGUGGCUGUAGCAUCCUCUGCAGUGGAGAAUCCGUUAAUCUCCUUUGUUCCUUCAAUUACAGAACAACAGCCUAUUGCUGCUACGAAUUCUGGUAAAAAGCGACGCAAGAACAAAUAAAAGGCCAACAAGAAACUGUGUGUUGAUCCUCAGUUACCCAAUGCUGUGAUGCUUUUUAACCAAGCUCCGCCUUGUUCUGUUGCACAGUAGAUGGAACGAAUGCAUGGGCUUUCUAGUUAGACAUUAGCAUUCGAGGCUUGCCACCUGGGCUCUCUCUCUUUUGAGUGGUAUACGAGCUUCUUUGUAACUCGGAUUUGUAAUGUCAGACUGGAUGUGACGUCCAUGUAUAUUAUGGUCAGUAGUAAAUGCGGAUCCUCCAACGCCUGUUGAGUGAAAGGGAUUUGUGCCUUUUGAAUUUGUAGUCCCAUGGCUAAUUAUCUAAUUCUUUUGUAUUGUUGUGGGAUUAUGAUAUUACAAAGGUGCAUGUCCCAAAGCUGGCACUUUGUUGUGGCUAGAUUCUGACUUAGGAAGGAGAAAUGACCUGUUCAUGUUUC